AUGGCGCGGUGGGGGUCUUUCACGAGUCACGACUCAUGCGACGACCCGUGCCACGUGGGCGGCGGCUCGGUCGCGGGUGUGUCACGCGCGGAGGGGGUCUUUGACGAGUCAUCACUCAUCACAGCACGCACCACACGGACGCACCACCGUCCGGCGGCUCGGUCGCGGGUGUGUCACGCGCGGACGGGGUCUUUCACGAGUCACGACUCAAAACGACCCACGCCCGCGCGUCGAUCGCCCGCGUCGAUCGCGUCGCGCGUCAGAGCGCGCGUGGACGUCCCGGGCGCGAUGUCAACCUCGGAGCCGCGUUCGCGGACGCGCCCGUUCGCCUCGCGCGCGCUCGGCGGCCCGUCGUGGACGACCGCGUCGACGGUGAGGGGGGACAAUGGGCGAACCCAUCGCGGUCGUUGCUCGAGGCGACGGGGGCUCGCGCGCGCGGGAGCGACGACGGCGGACGCCGAGACGAGACGCGACGGAAACGUGAAUGAGGUCGUCUCCGCGCUCGCCGCGACGGCGAACGCGGCGGGACGAAAGGUGAGAACGGCGGUGGAACGACGCAUGACGCUGCGUCGGCUGGCGACGGAGCGCGAAAACCCAAUCGCGUGCGUGACGCACUGCGUGAAACCCGCGGUGGCGAUGUUCCUCGCCGGUGGCGUCGCGGGAGCGAUGGCGAAGACGUGUACGGCGCCGCUGGAUCGAUUGAAGAUCAUCAUGCAAACGGCGGGCGCGUCGAGGGCGUCCGCGGCGAGCGUCGCGGCGGCGGAUAAAGGGUUGUUGGCGGCGUUCUUAGCCAUCGGAAGGACGGAGGGAUUGGCGGGGUACUGGCGAGGGAACGUGCCGCAGGUGGUGCGUAUUUUGCCGUAUUCGAGCGCGAUGCUGUAUUCUUACGAGGCGUACAAGAAUAAGCUGAAGAACAAGGAGACUGGGGAGUUGUCGGUUCCGGCGCGCUUGCUCGCGGGCGCCGGCGCGGCGUGCACGGCGACCAUCGUCACGUACCCGUUGGACAUCAUUCGUCUUCGUUUGAGCGUGGACACGAGCGCGAAGAGCAUGGGGGACGUCGCGCGCAAUAUUUUGGCGAACGAAGGCCCGAUCGGUUUCUUCAAGGGUUUGCCGGCGACGUGCGUUUCCAUCGCUCCGUACAGCGCGCUCAACUUUUGCGCGUUCGAUCUCUUCAAGAAGGCGCUUCCAGAGGAGAUUCGCGACGAGGCGCAGGGCAUCGCUACGGCAUCUCUCAUGGCCACCGCUCUGGCGACCGGUUCGAUGUACCCGCUCGACACCAUUCGCCGCCAGAUGCAGUUGCAGGGCAGCACGUACGCCAACAUUCUCGACGCCGGCCGGGGCAUCGUCGCCAAGAACGGCGUCGGCGGACUCUUCCGAGGUUUCAUCCCGAACGCGAUGAAAAACAUGCCGAACAAGUCCAUUCAGCUCACGACGUUCGACAUGAUGAAGAAGGGCAUCAAGCGUUCGGAAAUCGAGUACGCCAAGGAGGUUGCCAUACUCGCCGCCGAAAACAAAAAGCUCAAGUGA